AUGUCGUCGUCUUUUUCACUCAAAACUGAUUUUGAAAAGGAGAAAGCUGAGGUCCAGAAUCUCAAAAAGAAGCUGGAGAAGGUCCAGCUGGAAGAAUCAAUUCUCAAUCAAAAGUUGGAUAUAGCGGAACUUGAAAAAAUGUAUAUUUACAACGAUUUAGUGAAGAAUGAGAAAGAGAUGAAAGCUAAGAAUAUGAAGAUUGACGAACUGAAAUCCCAUAUCCGUUUUGCUAAGGAACUGUUCAAGAAGCAGCAAAAAGAUAUCGAGAUGCUCCGUGCAACUCAGCAACAGAAGAAGGAGAAUCAGAAGUCAUUGAACCACGGGAAGUCUUGUUGGAGAUUCGUUCGAAAUAUCGAGAAGAAUGAGACUAGUCUUCAGAAGACGUGCGAUAAGAAGGAGGGAUUUAAUGGACUAUAA